AACGAGCACAGCCUAAUGACUCAUGCGCAUUGAACACUGUUUUGUCUGUGAAGCAUCGACAGGUGAUGUCGUGCGCCUAGUCUGACGUGGUUGUUACAUUGGAAAUACAAGGAAAGUAAAUCAGCAAUGGAGUUGAGCGACAGACUGGAUUUUAAAACUCGCAUACGUCUAUAGACAUUAUUUUGGCAAAUACUGUCGUCUACAGGCAGUUGACUACGUGUGUACGUCAUACACAUGUGUAAGACAUAUGAGGAUGGAUUGCUUAGACCGUGUUGUUGAAAGUCGGUGUUUCUCGCUGAAGCGUUGUAUUCCAAACUAACGAUCCCAGAGAUAUUGUGUACGCCGUUAUCAGCACGAGUGGUCUAAAGACAAUCUCAUACCUCGCGAAAUCGUCAAAUUCAUUUCAAGUGCAUUUGUUUCCAACAUGGUGUUCGCGAGGACCAAAGCGUUUGAAUUAUGCAGUGUGUCUAUGGAAAUGUGAGCGGCUAUAUGUACAGUGGUAAACUACAGUGGGCGACGUAAUUUUUAUCUGUGUAUAUUGUUUAACAACAACACAAAAAUGUUGCUGUAUUUAUAGAAAUGUUGUCAGAAAUGUGUAGCUGAAAGACGUGCCCCCCCAUGUUUUGUGAAUAGUUUGAUCUAUGUUAUACAAGGAUAAUGAAGAGAUGUGGUAAAUUACUCGGCUGUAACUUUUUACAUUCGAGUGUUUUUUCAGUGUUUUUACUUUUUAUAGUGGUUGGAAACAUCUACUUUAUACCGGGAACAGAACGGCAUGUGAGUACAUCUAUGUACAACCUUCCGCCAAAAUUCACAUCCAAAACCCCCAUUAACUGUUCAACCGGAAGUGCAACCGGAAGUGGAAGUGAUAAUCGCACCAGUUUAACAAUGUUCACGAGUUUUCCAUUCGUAAAAAGCAAGUUCGAUAUCAAUUUGAAUACGUUACAGAACUGGAAGCAUAUUUAUAAGUCCCCGAAAUUAAUUCUAUUUACAGACGACCAAAGGGUAGUGUCAGCUGGAGUCAGCUCUGAUUGGUCGGUUGAAAACGUAACGACAGAAUCAGUGACGGAAGUACCUGCUUUAAGAACACUUUUCCUGGAGUCGCAACAGCGAUCAAAGUCCUACUUCUAUAUGUAUGCCAAUGCAGACAUACUGUUUGACAGGUAUCUCAGCGAAAUCUUAUCAGGUAUUGAAGUAUUUCUGAAAUCGAGUCAUUUACAUAACAAGCCAGUAUUAAUAGUUGGACAACGAACAAAUAUCAACAUUUCAAGAAUAAACAGCCACGGAGUAGAAGCUUGGAAAACGAUACUACAAAAGUCCUACACAAUAUAUACAAAGUUCCAGAAGGAUGCGAUCGAUUAUUUUAUAACAAACAAUGUCUUUCCUUGGAGGGACGUUCCGCAGUUGGUUAUCGGCCGUGUUGGGUAUGAUAACUGGAUAAUUGCGUAUGCCCGUUUUAGAGGAUUCGUGACGAUUGACGCAUCUUCAGUCAUUUCCGCCAUCCAUCAAACUAAUAAUAACGGAAAUUUCGAAGGGUUCAAAAACGGUAACUGGGAUUUCAAUCGCGAACUGAUCUGGAAAACUGGCCCCCCUUUUAACUAUGCCUUAUGGGGCCAAACUGAUUGUUGUCCAUAUCGCGUGAUAUAUGACGACUGUAGUCGCGUGCGGGUUUUGAAACGCCCGGCCGUGCCUUUACAUUGUGAUAGACUAAAUUUGAUUUCUUCCAUUACACACUAUUUAUUUGGAAAUGACGUAUAUUACUUGGGACAUAAACAAAAAUUAUGAUGUUGUGUUUUGAGAACACGCAUUACUGUCGCCACUUGACCAAACCUUCAGUUACUGUAGGUCAACACGCAUUACUGUCUCCAAUUGACCAAACCAGUUACUGUAGGUCAGCACGCAUUACUGUCUCCAAUUGACCAAAACUUUAGUUACUGUAGGUCAACACGUAUUCCUGUCACCACUUGACCAAAUAUUCAGUUACUGUAGGUCAACACGUAUUAUUUUCGACAAAUAUUCAGUUACUGUAGGUCAACACGUAUUAUUUUCGACAAAUAUUCAGUUACUGUAGGUCAACACGUGUUAUUUUCUCCCAGUGGACCAAACCUUCAGUUACUGUCUAAUAUUUUCUAAUCUACAAGUUUGCUUGCAUUUGUGUAACGUGCGUUUUAAAUGAAGUAAUUCUUCGCUCUAGAUACGUUUAUGCUCUCUAAAAGUUUAAUUAUCUGGCUAGUCAUAGAACACAGUGCUAAUUUGAGAUUGAAAAUGGGUUUAUAGAAAAUUACAAAGAAUUGUUUCCGGGUUCGAUUCUUUUUACGUCAUCUGUUUUGUGACGUUAUUCAGUAUGUGAUGAAAUAAAGUUUAUAAUCAA